CACCCUUGACUCAACCGCCCGCACACACACACACUCACCGUAUUUCCACAAGGUCAAUUUCAUUGCUUCCUUGUGAGACUCUCUCUCUUUACUGUAAAAGUUAUAAAGCUCUUUCUCCAAAUCUCAUUCUCUGCCUUCCAUUCUCUGUCUUUUUCUUCCCCAAUUUCCCUUUCUUCCUUUCCCAAUUCCCAUAACCAUUUUCCAUAUGGCUGACGCCAAAGAUUCCUCUAUUCUCAACUCAAAAUCCAAAUCUUCCCCAACCUCAACCACAACCACAACCUCACAACAACAUCAACAACAACGUAAGACUACAAAAAUCUUAAUGGCUCACAACAUCCUCAGACUCCUACCCACUCUCCUCUCCGCAGCAUCCGUCGCAAUCACCGUCUCCAACAGCCAAACCGUUUUCAUCUUCGCUCUCCGUUUCGAAGCCCACUUCUACUACUCACCCUCUUUAAAGUUUUUUGUCGCCGCGAAUUCUGUGGUGGCUGCCAUGUCCUUGCUGACACUGAUAGCCAACUGUCUGAUAAAACGCCAGGCCUCACCCAAAUACAAUUUCUUUAUCCUCGUGCACGACAUGGUGAUGACGGUGGUGUUAAUAGCUGGAUGUGCAGCAGCAACUUCCAUAGGAUACGUGGGACAGUUUGGAGAAGAGCAUGUGGGUUGGCAACCAAUAUGUGAUCAUGUCACCAAAUUCUGCAGAAGAAACUUAGUUUCCCUUUUGCUUUCUUAUUUUUCCUUCAUUGCCUAUUUUGCACUCACUAUUUUAUCAGCCUAUAACUCCCUCUUUUCUUCUCCCAACAAAACCACAUCAAAUCAACCACACCACACCACCUUUCCCAACUUGGCUACCUAGCUAUAACCAUCACCAUGGAAUAUUAUUUUUAUUUCUAGCUCUUCUUAACAUAAAUGUUGUCUAUGCUCUUCUUCAACAACUUCUCAUUUUGGUGAAUGCCUCAUAAAUGCUACCUAAAACACCCUGUAGAGCUAAAAAUGUCACUUCCCAAUCAUAAACAAACUCUUGUUAUAGAUAUGUAUAACAUUUCCUGCAUUUAUUUCUCUUUCAAUCUCUUUUUAUCAC